CUGACGGCCAGAUCGUGUUGGGACGGCUCGGGGGGAUGUCGGCGUGUAGUCGGAGGUGGUAGUGUUUGUGAUUAUUGAUUUAAUUUUGUUAGUUUACCUUUUAAAAUUUCGAACCUUUAUCUUAUUAGACUUUUAAAUUAUGGCAACUUCAAUAUCUUCUAGCAAAGCGGAGUUUAUAGUUGGUGGUAAAUAUCGUUUAGUGCGAAAAAUCGGUAGUGGUUCCUUUGGUGACAUAUAUUUGGGAAUCAACAUUACAAAUGGAGAGGAAGUCGCAGUGAAACUCGAGUCAAUACGCGCAAGACAUCCGCAGUUGCUCUACGAGAGUAAAUUGUACAAAAUACUUCAUGGCGGUGUUGGAAUUCCUCAUAUUAGGUGGUACGGCCAGGAGCGCGAGUACAACGUGCUGGUGAUGGACCUCCUCGGGCCCUCCCUCGAGGACCUCUUCAACUUCUGCUCGCGUCGCUUCACCAUCAAGACGGUGCUGAUGCUCGCCGACCAGAUGAUCGGCCGCAUCGAGUACGUGCACUGCAAGAGCUUCAUCCACCGAGACAUCAAGCCCGACAACUUCCUUAUGGGCAUCGGCAGGCACUGCAACAAGCUCUUCUUGAUAGAUUUUGGAUUGGCAAAGAAGUUCAGGGACACGCGCACACGGCAGCACAUUGUUUACAGAGAGGACAAGAACUUGACUGGCACAGCACGAUACGCUUCGAUAAAUGCACAUUUGGGAAUUGAACAGAGCCGCAGAGAUGACAUGGAAUCGCUGGGCUACGUCCUGAUGUACUUCAACCGAGGGAGUUUGCCAUGGCAAGGACUGAAGGCUGCCACCAAAAAGCAAAAAUAUGAGAAGAUUAGUGAAAAGAAAAUGUCUACACCCGUUGAAGUUCUUUGCAAGGGUUUCCCCGCCGAGUUCGCCAUGUAUCUGAACUACUGCCGAGGACUGCGCUUCGAAGAGGGCCCCGACUACAUGUACCUCCGCCAGCUCUUCAGAAUCCUGUUCCGCACGCUCAACCACCAGUACGACUACACGUUCGACUGGACGAUGCUGAAGCAAAAGGCUGCGUCGUCUGGCACCGGCGCGGUUGGCACGACUGGCGCGGCCGCAGGGAUCGCAACUCCUGGAUUGAGGAAUCUACAAAACACAUCCCCGAAGUAGUUUACUUAACAUUGUGUUCCAACGAUUUUCGAGCAACAAACAUGUGAAUUAAGAGGUCUUGAAUUGAAUGGAUAGCAUUCUCAAAUACUUAUGCUUACUUAAAAAAACACCUGUAGCAUCCGUGCACACCUUAUAUUUCUCUUAUUAAUUAGACCCUGAAAAUUCUGUUAUUUUAAGUAAUUUAAACUAGAUUUCAUGAACAUUCCAUCAAGAAUUGUCAGUUAAGCGAGAAAUUGUGUGUGGUUAAAUCUAGUAUACAUUUUGUUUAAAAAAUCUAUAAAUGUUGACAUUUAUGUUCUGAAUUAUCAGCUGCUUCAAUCUCUCAAGAAUACAAUAAGCUUUAAUAAUGUAUUAUUAUUAAAAUAUGUUUGUGUUUGUAAUGUAUUGAAUACAUAAUAAUUUCAUAAGUAAAUUUAUUGGUGUGUUCCAGGGGGACGCUAAUGAGCAACAGCAUUUUCCCUUCAGGAUAACAAAACUAUAGGCUACAGUUGGUUGCCUUGCUACUGUUGUCAGUCUGGUUCGUUAAUUGUGGUUUACCUCGGAAAAAAAUAGGAAUGAUUAAUUCUUUUGGCUGCACUUCGAGAAAAUCUUUGGAGCAAUGUCUGGAAGAUGCUACCUGUUUUAUUUUUUUCUCUUUAUAAGACAAUUGUAUGCAUCCUAAGUUUUGUGUGUGCAUUUGAACUGUGCAUGUUUAUAGAUUUCUGUUGACCACCUGUAAUUUCAUAUCGAAUCAAAUAAUUACCUAUUCAAAAUAUUCAACUAAGCGUACGUAAACAUUUGUAGGGUUACAUUUUGUGAAGUGAAAUGUUUCAUUUGUAAAUGUGAAGUGUUGCAAGUCUUACUUUCGUUUUGAGUGCAGUUAAUUCAGUGAUAUUACUGUUAUUUGAAACAAUGAUUUGUAUGAUAAACGGGACUUGUAAUUGCUAAUGUUUAGUAUUAUCCCAAAUGUUUGAGUGGAAUAAAGUACAUUUUGUAAUGAAAUCUUAAGGUGAUGUAAAUACGUACAUGUUAGCUCAAGACUUGUAGGAAUUAAACAGUCAUAAGAACUGCCAGUGCUGUGGUGUGUUAGAAAGGGUUGGGUAUGCUAUUGAAAACAGUUUUAUUUGAGUGAACUACGCAGUUUAUUUUACGUGAACUUACGUUUGGGGUUAUCUACCCUCCAGUCUCCAGCAAGUUAUUUUUAAUUAAAUAGAAUUUGUAGAAUAGCAGGAAUUAAUAAUGUACGUGUAAAUAUAUAUUGCAUGUUGUGCGGAAAUAGUGGGUGCGUGCAAGAGAGCAGUGUCUCUUUGUGAAUGUUGUUUGUGAUGAUUUUGUGUAAGUAAUUUAGAUAACUACAAUAAUUCUUUCAGUUUACAUACAAAAAUUAAGUUUUAAAUUGUAUUUAAGUUGUAUUUAGUUAUUAUUACAAAUUUCUUGAAACAUACAAUAUUUUGAUAAUAAAUGGGAAACUUGUAUUGUUAAAAUAUAAUUUUACAUCAGUGAAAUGUUAACCAGAAAAUGAGUGUGUCUAUAGUAAUUUAGUAAUAUUUGAAAAAUUAUUUGAAAUAGUACACCAAAUAUAAAUACUGUUUCAUCAUAUGCUUCUGGUAAACAUUUUUGGUUACUUAAAAUAAUGCAUCCAAUUGAAUUUAUACAUUAUGUUGUAUCAUUAAAAAAAAUAUAUAUAUAUUUUUUUUUGUUAGAAAGUUCUAAAGUAUGUAGGAAUCGCAUACAUCAUGCAAAUACUGUAAUAAUGUUGUCAGUACAUAGAUGUUACAUUUUCAUUUUAAAAAUCAAUUUUGUGUACAUUAGUGAAAAAACAGAACAACUUAAAUUUUAGUUGAUUUGAAAGUGCUUUGUUAGUAGGAAAGUAUAGUUUAAGUUUGUACAAAUAUGUAUCCAAUUUUUCAUGAAUAAUUUGAAUUUGCUGAUUAUGAAAGCUGGAACCUUUUUGUACAUUUUCUUUCAUAAUGCAAUGAAUUAAAAAUUUUCCUGAAUUUAA